GUGAUUUUGCUGGCCAAAAAUAAUUGUCCUCCAAGGGAACCCUUAUCGACCAAUGGUCAUAAACAGUAACUCUGGUAAGAACCGUAAGAUAUGAACCAGAUUCAAGAAAACAAAGGGAAGCAAAGAUAACUUGAUUGAGCCAAAGAAAUACAAGAUGAGUGGUUCAUCCUCAGAUGAAUUUUCGGUGCUGGUAUUGGCUUCAGAUUUGGGAGUAGAUGCGACUCCUUUUUUGUCAGAAAUCCAAGAAGAACAAGACCCGGACGAACAGUGGCACGAUUGCGCUCAGCACCUCUCUUCGGAUGAAGACUUCUCAGAUCUUGAUUUCCUUCAAUUCUUUUCCCUCCAAGGCUGUGAUAAAUCCGGAAACCGCAUUUUCCGCAUCGUCGGAAAAUACUUUCCUGCUCCAGUUGUCAGUGGGGAACGGUUGAAGAAGUAUGUAUUCCACAAAAUAUGCUGUGAGUUGCCGGAGGGACCCUUUUGCAUUGUAUAUAUGCAUAGUACUGUGCAAAAGGAGGACAAUUACCCUGGCCUUACUAUCUUGAGGUGGAUUUAUGAAGACCUUUCUUCAAAUAUCAAGGAUAGGCUUCAAGUAAUGUACUUCGUUCACCCUGGGUUGUGGUCGAGGCUUGCCUUUGCUACUCUUGGCCGAUUCUUCUUAAGUGGGGGCUUAUAUUGGAAAGUCAAGUAUGUAAGCCGGCUUCAGUAUCUUUGGAAUGACAUAAGGAAGGGAGAGGUUGAGAUUCCUGAAUUUGUGCAAAGUCAUGAUAAUGUUCUUGAGCACAGACCAUUGACUGAUUAUGGAAUUGAACCUGAUCGUCUUCAUUUAACUGAGGCGCCUUCAAUGGGUCCUUCAUUUGGAAGGUAUGAAGAUAACUGGAAAUUGAGGGACCUCUAGUAUUUUUGCUAUUAUAUAGAAAGUUGAUUACUGAUUAAUGGGUCUGAACAUUUUCUGUGGGUUUAGUCGUGGCAAUAUACCAUAUGCAUUGUAUAGAAUAAUCCUAAUACCGUGUUGUGUCUAGCUCUCUGCUCUUGAGCAAAACUGCACAAGUAAAUGUUGCAAAAUCCUGUGAUCCUUAAGUUACUCACAUAACUGUUUUAUGUAUUCCUCUUCUAAGCUCUA